AUGGCUAGUUUAAUCCGCGUCGGGGCUGGCGCAGCUAUGGUGUACACCAUCGCGGGGAUGCCGCCAAUGGCGAACGUUCCGAUCAUAGCCAGCACAAGAAGAGCGGCAGAGUCAGUCUUCAACGUCAUGUUCAAGACAGCCAAGGGAACAGGAAGAGCUGCAUGGUAUAGCGCGACAACACUCUUCGUCAUGGUGUGUCCGGUACUUUUCAUCAUGGACACAAGCGAGGCACCCUCUGAUGCAUCGGCGGCGUCGGCAGCUCUUCCACAGCCCGUAAAGGUUUGA